UAAUGUCACAUUUAUUGUCAUUGCUGAUAUUGGUAUUUUUUCAUAUUUGCAUGUAGCAUCGAUGCUAUUUUUUAUUUGAUAGUUUUUUUUCCGUUGCAAAAUUUUAAUCUAAAACCCUGCUGCUCAGCAGACAUUCACAAUAUGGGUAAGACAGCAAAGCCAGUUGAAGAACUGGGAAACAAAUAUGGAAAACCAGAUAUUGAAAGACUGGGCCUCUUCAGCGAAAUGCCUUUUAUGAACGGGAAAGGAUACGUAUCUCUAUUCGCAAAACCCAAAAGAGAUAUAGGCAGAAAUUUACUAGCGGGUGGCCCGAAAACGAAAACUGACUGGCAAGAUUGCUAUUUUGAUACGGAAUACAAACGACUUUUCACGGGAGAAGCCAUCAAAGGAAGGGGGAAAAAAUUGAAAGCUUCUCCAUUCAAAAAUGUAUCUGAACGCCCAUUUAUGCCACCAGCCAAUGCAAAAUUGCACAGCACUCCAGGAGAUUGGUAUGGUACCUUUGAAGGAAAACUAGAUGCUUUUAGCACCAAAAUGAAAGCUCGUGCUCCGUUUAAACACGAAGGACCCAACCCUCUUACCAGUCCGGGGAAGAAAGGUGGUUACGGAUAUGUUAAUAUCUGUCUAAAUCCCUAUCCAGAUCACAGUGUUGAAAAAUAUGGAGCAAAAGCCAAAUACAAGCAAUACGGACAAACACUGGACGGUCCCAUGGUGGUGGGAACUCAUCCAAAACCGUUCUUCGAACCCAACCCCUACAAAAAUCCUGAUAAUAUCAAACCAGGCCCCACGUAUGUGCCUCCAAAAGAGAAAAGCUUGCCUCCUUUACCACCUGGGAAAUUUAUUCCUACCGGACCGGGAAAAUUGCCAGGCGGAUGUAAAGCCGGAUGCUUCGAUAAGUAUCCAGAACACAAGGCCGAGAAAUACAAACCUUCUUCUGAAUCGAAGUCUAAAAAGUGGUUCCUUUCUGGAACGUUUCAGCCUCCAGCUUCCGGCGAGAGAAGCUACUACACGUGUUCAGUGAUUAACGAAAAUCUUCGAUUUAGAGUUAACGAAAAUAACUAUAAUGCCUAUCAGCCCAAUUUUAUCAAACACCUGAUGUGAGAAAAACAUUGAGAAAAAUGCCUUUCA